GUGAGGCUGACAGCGGUAAAAGCUGUUGUCUCCACUCAAGAAGCUGAGUCAGACUACCAGGCAAUCUUGGACAAUGCCGGAGAACUUUUCGUGUGCGUGAGUUUUGUUUGGAAAGUGUUUACUGGAAGACUGCUCGGAUACUAAGUAAGAUCUCGACGCAAGUCUUGACAGGGCAUGUCAACCUCUGUUCACAUUUUUGGGGAUGGUUUCCGAUGCAGCGCAUUAACCACGGGAAACGUUUUGGUUUCUUUGCCUCCGUGGUAAUUAUGGUUUAACAGACUGCCACAUACAUAUUAUUCAGCAUUGGUCAGCCGAUAAGCGCUGUCAUAGUUAAGAAAGGAAAAUGCCUUCCACAAACGUUGCAAUAACGGAGGCUGACAUCGUCAAGCUGGUGUCCGAAUUUUUACAAAACCGGGAACUGAACAUCUCAAUGCUUUCACUGGAAAGGGAGACAGGCAUUAUCAAUGGGUUCUAUUCCGAUGACAUGUUGUUUCUGCGGCAACUUAUUUUAGAUGGCCAAUGGGAUGAUGCCAUUGAAUUUAUUCAGCCUCUCGGCAGCAUAGAAACAUUUAACUUGAAACAAUUUCAAUACCUUAUAAUCAAGCACAAGUACCUGGAGCUUCUCUGCAUCAAAGCAGAUCCAGGCCCAAUGCAGAGUUAUGAAUUUACAGUUGAAGAGGUGGUGAAAUGCUUGAACAGUUUGGAGGAUGUAUGUCCUACAAAGGAAGAAUACAGCAAUCUGUGCCUGCUGCUGACACUUCCUCGACUUUCUGAUCAUUCUGAGUACCAAAACUGGAACCCAAGCAAUGCUAGGAUGCAGUGUUUUCGAGAUGUCUGUUCUGUCGUCGAAGCAUACCUCCCAAUAGAUCGCAAAAAUAACUUCCGUUCUGUUGCAGCUAAGAAUGAUCGCUUGGUUCAACUAUUGCUCAAAGGUUUGCUGUACGAAUCAUGUGUGGAGUAUUGUCAGUCAAAAGCCACAGCAAGUGAAGUGAAAGACCCAGAUUUGAAACUACCCUCGCUGCUCACUGAUAGUGGCUUCAGUGAUGCAGACCUCAGCCUGUUGUCAUGGUUGCAGAGCAUACCGCAAGAAACCUUCGGGUGUCCGUUUGAACAGAAGUCCAUUAGCAUAGACAUUCGACCCCUCAUGAAACCUUCGUUAGAAGCUUCUUGGUCGGAACAAAUACUUGUCACUCCCAUCAAACCCAAAAUGUUCCCACACUCCGCAAUACCAACCGCGCGGUCCCGAACUAGUGACAUGAUGACACGAUCCCUUAACCCGCAGUUUGAUGGACUGGCAACAGGACUAUGGCAAGGAUUACGAGACAGUUUGUCAACCUCUUCUGACUUCAGCUCUUUGUCUAGGUCAGUUGCCCCUGGUCAGGCAAACCAGAAUCUCCUUAAAACGACAGAUCCCAUGCAAAUGUCGGUGGAUAAAUUAUUUGCGUCUGGCAGUAAGAUUGAUACCCAUAGUGUAAUUAACGAAGAACGCUCACCAUAUGGCCGAAAUACAAGCAACCCGGCUGCAAACAAUCCCCAACACGACCCAGGAAUUCAGACGUCACCUGCGGCAUCUGCUGUCCUUAAACAGGAGGUCAUGCCUCACCGGUCACAGUCACCUAAUCGCAGUGCAGUUGUGGAGAGCAGAACCCCGCCUCGCUCCCUUGGAUCACCAUCGCAUAGUGCACGGAACUCCAGCACUGAACUUUACAAGGAAUACCAACGGCAACGGCAGAAAAUCCAAGAACAACUGGAGAUCCAGGAGAAGCAGCGAGAAAAGUUCCAGCGAGAGCUGAUGGAGCUGGAGCAGAAACAGAGCCAAGUUACUCCCCCUGAUGAAGAUAACUGCCUUGGGGAAGGACAAGGUGGUCCGUAUUCAGCCAACCUCUCCCGACAACAGCAGGGAUACGCCCAUGGUUUGAACGCAAGUACACCUAAUUCCAAGGGAGGUGAUUCUGACAGCCGUAUAUGUACGCCAGCCCCGGACAGUUCUCCAGUCAUGCCUUCUGAUGGGGACAUUGUCAAUCAAGCAAUUAUUAGCCCGGUCAGAGAUUCACCUCAUCCAGUCACAGAUAAGCCACUGAAUAGCUCUGAAACCAAUGGUCAUCUUCCCUGUCAAUCACCCAUUGAAGCACCACCCUCAUGCACUCAGGAUCAGCCCUUUUAUAAUGACAACAACAAUGUUGCUGAUGGCAACAAGGACAAAGUGGAAAGUGACAAGACUUGUAAGGUUCUUGUUAGCCCAGAUUGCAGGACAGACGGAGAUGAGAAUGUUAAGGCUGUUGGUCGCAAGAACAGUGCUCCUGAUAAGACUGUCGUGAAGCCUGAGAGUGCAAAGAAAUCCGUUGUAGGAAAAGUUGACAGCAACAAACGUCCAUCAAGCAGCAAAUCUGACAGCAAGGCAGUUGAAAGUGCUCAUAGCCGACCAAAAUCUCCAGCCAAAGCAAAACAACCGCAAGGGGCUGUUAAAAAGAAUGUACCAAGUGCUGUUAAGGGGUCGACAAGUUCAAAGACGGACAGUGGACCAGCAAAAAAAAAAGGUUGUGUGUGGUUGAUGUCAGAAGAUGCAAAACAAGAUGCCAACAUGAAUAUGAAUGAUGCUGUCAGAGGAUCACAGCCAAGGGGUCGGGCUGGUAAUCGUCCACAUUACAUACCUGUGUCGUACAUGGAGGACCAGCAGGCUGUGCGGACUGUGACCUUUCACCCUCAAGGUCACCUCUAUGCUGUCGGGUCAAACUCGAAAGUCUUACGUGUCUGCAGCUUCCCUAAUAUUGCUGACUUAAGGCAGGACCAGCCUGUUCAGGAGGCCAAUGUUGUGUUUAAGCGCACCAAGCAUCACAAGGGGUCUAUAUACUGUGUGGCGUGGAACCCCUUGGGGGACCUCAUUGCUACGGGGUCGAACGACAAGACCAUCAAGCUGACACGCUUCAGUACUGACUCCUGUAAUGCUGUCGGCCCUGACACAGAGCUCACAUUUCACGACGGUACGGUACGAGACCUGGUGUUUAUGCAGGAUGCCAGCAACCAAUCUUCUCUGCUCAUUAGUGGUGGGGCAGGGGACUGUAAGAUCUACGUCACGGACUGCCAGACGGGGACAUCCUUCCGCACACUCUCCGGACAUUCAGGGCACAUCUACUCGUUACACACCUGGGGAGGUUGUAUGUUUGUUAGCGGCUCCCAGGAUAAGACAGCUAGGUUCUGGGACCUGAGAGCACCUGCUGCCAUCACAGUGGUGCCCAGCCCAGGACCACCUCCAGGAUCAGCAUUUGCCUCGGUCUGCGUGGAUCCGUCUGGUCGAUUGCUGGCUUCAGGUUUAGAGAACUCUUGCGUGAUGCUGUAUGACAUCCGCGGGGCGAGAUCCGUGCAGACGUUCAAACCUCACACAGGGGAAGUGCGUUCCGCACGCUUCUCCAUGAAUGCAUUCUAUCUGCUCACUGGGUCGUAUGACCACAAGGUCGUUCUGACUGACCUUCAUGGAGAUUUGCUGCGUCCAUUGCCGAGCGUUGUUGUUGCAGAACACAAGGAUAAGGUCAUCCAGUGUCGCUGGCAUCCUUCCCAGUUGGCUUUUGUGACGACCAGUGCUGACAGGUCUGUGACCUGCUGGGGGCUGCCUGUGGUGUGAGUUAUCUCCCCUGGCAGGAUCAUGGUUACCUCCCUUUAAGGAUACCUGGUCUUAUGUACAUGUACAAGCUUUAUAAAAAGUCAUGUAAUCUCAUUUCGUGUUCAAGUAUGUAUUUAUAUUUUGUCAGUGAUAGCGUGGUAUGCAUUAAUGUCCUUUCAACUGUGGACCAGAAGGAUUGGCAUUUUUGAAAUCUUUCUAGAAGGAUCAAAUGUUGUUUUUACAUUUUAAAACACUGUCAGCAUGUGAUGUUUUCUAAUAGCAUACUGAAGCUUGCCAUAUACUAAUGAAAAUCUAUGUUACUUAAUAUUAUUGCCGCUAAAUGUGACAAGGUUUAACUGUUUUAGGUCAGUUUUAAAUGUUAAGCAUCCAUAAGAAUCUCCAGUAAAUAUGGUUUUAUUGAUCGCGAUGAGGCACUCACAACGCUUCGUGUAAUGUUAAGAAAUGCUCAAUGUGAGCAACAAUGUGUGGCUUCCCUGGUUUUAAUGUAUAACUCUAAAAUUUGAAAAUGCAGGUAUAAAAUUUCAUUCAUGCGUACAUAUUUGAUCCAUGUCCAAAUUUCAAGCCAAGUCUGGAAAAGAAACAUUUCUACUAGUAACGUGAUGCCAUGGUUGAAAUGGACUUGAAAUGGGUUUAUGGUCAUUCCGUGCACAUAGUUUUUUGCUGUGCUCAAUACACUCGUCAAAAUUUGUUUCAUUUUAUCAAUUUUUUUUUGAUCUUCUGUAGUGCUCUCUAUAUUCAAAGACAUUGAAUGGUUUGACUUCUCUCCCACGGGGUCGGUUUUGUGUGGAUUUGUGUCAGAAAGCUGUUAAUUCAGGGUUUUCUGUGCACAGUUUCCUCCCACCACAAUGCUGGGCGGCGUCUAAAAAGUUGAAUAUUCUUGAGUACGGCGUAAAAACACCAAUUUAAAAGUAUUAAAUCAGGCUUGCUUUGAGCUGUAAUACUGCUGUAAUACUAAUAAUAUCGUCUGCUAGGUUAUCUCCCCUGUUUAAUCACAAAAUUUUGACAUAGAAUCACUUUUUCAGAUGAAUAUUUGUGGUUCAACAGAGAAAGAAUGAACUGUAUUUCACAAAAAUGUACAGCUGAGAAAAGAAAAGCUAGAUCUUUUUCAUCUGUAUUGUGGCAGCUUUUAGUACAUACGUCACAUGCUAUGGAUAGCAAUUUACAAUUGGUUUGAUAUCUAUAUCUGAAAGUUUAUCGUGGUAUUACAGAUUGGUGAUUGCAAAGUUUUUUCAUUGGGUACUUACUCAGUAUUCUCCUUAGUGGCAAUCCUUGUAAAUAAUUUAGAUGCGUGCCUGAAGUAUUUAACCUUAUGGCUUGAUCACAUAUAUGCACAGAUGUGAAAUUCGAGAAAAAAAAAGUAUUCUAGUUUUCAAUUAUUUUAGGUAUAUGCAGGCUUUGUAUAUAUAUUUGCAGAAACAUUAUUGUUGGCAUUGCUCACAGGAGGAUGAUUUGUCCUCUAUGUAACCGAUUUACUUCUUUUUUAAAAUGUUGCAUUAUAGUUUGGAUUUACAUACCAAAUAAUGCUUGUCAUUCUCCAUAUACAUGUAUUUAAAUGAAAAUUUUCUUUUCAACAGUUUUAUUUUUUAAUUUCUGUUUUGUCUUAUUUCAUAUUUAUAUAUAUUUGUAGUUUUCAUAUGGCUUCUUUCACAGCUGCUGUUAGUCCCUGAAUCUUUCAGUAUUUUUUCCAUGAUUUUUCAUAUUUUUUGUUUCAUAAUUUUGUGUAACAUUUUUUUGUAUUAAUAAGCAUAAUUUUCAUUUUUGAAUAUACAUGUGUGCAGGCACCAUUCUGAAAUGUGUUCUCGAGGUGUCUGUUCUGUUUAAGCGACAGUAACUUUCUUAGCUCACGUCUGAGAUAUGCGUGUUUCACAAAAAUAUUAUGAGGAGCAGCCAGCAAAGAAUGUUUGGUUUUCAAUUCACAUAAGUGUUUAAAAACAAUAAAAAAGAAAAAUGUGCUUGGCAUUCGCUUUAUUUUUGCAGACUUUUAUACCAAAUAUGAUACACGACUUCACCCCCUUGCGUAGUUUACCAAAGAUAAAGAGGUAUUUUUUCCCACCAUUUGUUAUUCAGUCAAUACUGUUCAAAAGAUGCUGUGUGUCGACUGUUUUUCAUUUUUUAGUUCCUGUAAUUGUAAAACGAUGGUUCCUGUAAUUGCCUUUACUAGUGUUUUAGUUUGAGUCAGGAAUCAAGUUGGAAUGAGAACCUCACAAGAGGCAUUAUCAGGAGUCUGAUGAGGUCACCCAGCAUGCUGGAUUCUGUGUAAUGCUGUGUAAUAUAGGAGCCAGGAGCUGUAAGCCAGUUGAAGUUUGCUGGAACUUUGAAGUAUAUCACACUCAAUAAGUUAGCUUUAACCAAUGUUUUUCUGGUCUCUUUCCCUUUAAGCUGGUUAAAAUUGUGACUGAUUUAUGUACGUAGCUGGCAUAAGCUUUUCAGAAACCAUAUUUCGGUUGUUGGCAGUUACAACCGCAUACCUGUUGAUCAUGGGC